AUGGCUGCCAUUAAAAACAGACGGGGAAAGAUGAGGCAGAGGGGGAACAUAGACUAUAAAGGGAACUUCCUCGGAGCCACACAAGAGCUCCCCGAGGAAAGUGUGGAGAGAGGGAGAGCAGAGACUGAGGAGGAGGAGGUCAGAGGGCUGAGCCAGGACCCGGCUUUCAGCAGCUGUGAAAUCCUCCCGUUUGGUCAGAUGCUAACGCAGGAGAGCAGCCAGUAA